UGGUCGACCGAGCCGCUUCCGUAGCAUCUGCCUACCUACUCUGAUUCGGCCAAAACGAUUACUGUUGCGGAUUGAGAACCAUCACAUCGACCGCCGCCAUCAUCUGCGUGCAACGCCGACAACACCACCCAUCGAAAUUGCCGACCAUGGCAACACAUCGAGCCGCCCUGCUAAAGGCAAUUUUCAGCAUAGCUGCGCUUGUCCGCCGUACGACUUGCGCCCAACUCCCGAAUGGGCCCUCAAUCCCCAUGGAGUAUUGCGCCACCGUCAAUACGGCCGACAUGGAACCUCUGAACGCCAUUUGGCAAAGCGAUGGCCUCUGCUUCGGUAACUGCACCAACCUGAAAUACGCCCUCGCCAUCAUCCAAGACCAUAACUGCUGGUGCUCGAAUCUCGUCCCCAACACCGCCGACCAAAAGCCUCUCACCGAUUGCCAGAUGCCUUGUCCUGGCUUCCCCUCAGAUUAUUGCGGUGGGGAUGGGCUUUUUGGGUAUAUGCAGGUCGCCGGGUUCAAUCCGACGGGGACCGCGCCUCCAGCUAAUCCCAGCACCACAACACCACCAUCUAGUUCCAGCAGCACCGUCCAGCCCACCACAAUCGUGACUUUGUCCGAGACGUCGUCCACCGUUUCGUCGUCUUCUUCUGCUCCAAACACUACUAGCGGUACCUCGUCGCACCCACCCGUCUUGGUAACUGUCACGGCAGACGGAACCAUCAGAACCGUGACUGCCACCCCCACGCCGACUCAUGCCAACAACCCAGCUCUUGCCGACAACACAGGCUCCGCGGGCCUUCAGGCCGGUGCCAUCGUCGGUAUUGUCGUUGGCGUCGUCGGCGGCCUCGCCGUAAUCGCCGCCUUCUUAUGGUUAUGGUAUUCAAAGCGAAGGAGGCAGAACCAAGAUGAUACCAACGGUUUUGCCUCUCCAACAAGAGGCAGCGGCUCGCCUGGUGUCAUUGGAACGCCCAAAGCGGGCGAGGUCAGCGAGAUCCGGUACCCCGGAGCUGCAGAUUCACAAAACAAGCGACGCAGCCAUCUGAUGCCUGUCGAUCCCCGGCUUGAUCCGUUCGCCACAGGCCUGUACGUCGCCGACCAAAAUUUGAGCCGUGAGAGCUUCACCUCGCUCCAGGAUAAUACCGACUAUUCGAGACGGGUACACCAGCCGCAGAGGGUGUUGAGGCCCACAAAUCCAGAUCCGGAUGACGAUUGAGACGAUACGCGAAGUCUUCCUUUUUGACAUACAUUUUGCUGCAUUAGGACGGUCCUUUUUUUUUUUUUUGGUUUUGCAUCUGCAUUUCAAGAUACCACGGCGUUCACAGCAAGGGCAUUGCAAGAUUCAGGGUCACUGAGGGCGGAUUGGGUCCUCACUUCAGUUAGGGAACGGAUCAUGGGGAAACAAACUGGAUCGGGAUGGGAUGGCUCAUUCAUCUCCAUGGUACUUGAGGGCUAGUUGCGGAGGAGUUGUUGUCGCCUUUCCGCUCUGAACUAUACG